CCCCAUUGGAUCUGGCCUUCACAGGAGCUCACAAGAUGACGAGGAGGCGCUCCACUCCAUCAUGCAGGACCUGACAGCUCUGAGGCUCUGCUGCUCUCAGCUCAAAAAUGGCCAGCCUGGGACCAAGCCUGCAUCCUCCAGACAGGAUUUACGGAUAAAGUUGGAGCAUGAGGGGGAGAAACGGAUCAUUCUGUUCCAGCGGCCACUGAAGAUUGGAGAGCUCCUGGCGAAGGUGACCAAUGCCUUUGGACAGCAAAUGAACCUGUUCUAUGUGGAUAAAGAGCUCCUGCUCCCACUGUGGUCCCAGGAGGACCUCGACAAUGCUGUGCUGACUCUAGACCGCAGCCCCUCCUGCACCAGCUUGAGGGUGCUCCUCAAGACCCCUAAAAAUGACCGCAUGAGUGCUGCUCCUGACUAUUUCCUCCAGGUGAGCGGCAAAGAGGAGAAAUCGGGUGAGAUGAGAUCAUCCAAGUCCCUGGGGGACCUCAAGGACUCACACUUCAAAGGCUCGGAGAGAGUGCGGAAACACUCCACAGGCUCUCUCCACACAGGGCGCAGUUCGCCCCCUCCUGGCAGCGUCCCGGAAGAGCAGCAGCAGAUUGCACGGCAGGGCUCCUACACCAGCAUCCACAGUGAGGGAGAGUUCAUCCCUGAGACCCUGGAUCCCAAUAUCCUGGACCCCUUUGGGAGUGGGGAGGACUCCCUGUCUGACAGCUGCCAGUCACUGCAUCUAGACAGCCCCCCCUUUGCCCAGAACAGCAGGGACAAUGAUUACCUGAACACCAGCUGUGAAUAUAAAGGUCGAUACGGUAAAGGCGGCACCUUCCCCAGGCAGUUUCCCAUGUCCAGCCGCAAGAAGGACUACAGUGAUGGCCGGCAGACAUUCCCACGCAGCUUCAUGCCAGAGGAGAACUGGUUCCAGCUGGUUCCGUCCAGUCGUACGCGCAGUUGUAACGGUGACAGCACCCUAUUGCAUGGUGGCCUGUUCCCCCUGAGCUGGACCCAGCACUCCGGCCCUUCCAAGACCCCCCAGGCUCCGGUGAACUGGCGUCACGGGAAGCUCCUGGGCCAGGGCGCAUUUGGGGAGGUCUACCUCUGCUACGACGCCGACACGGGCCGGGAGCUCGCUGUCAAGCAGGUGCCCUUUGACCCUGAGAGCCAGGAGACAAGCAAGGAAGUGAAUGCUCUGGAGUGUGAGAUCCAGCUGCUGAAGAACCUUCGGCAUGAGCGCAUUGUGCAGUACUAUGGCUGUCUGCGUGACCUUGAGCAACGCAAGCUCUCCAUCUUCAUGGAGUUCAUGGCAGGGGGCUCUAUAAAGGACCAGCUGAAAGCGUACGGUGCUCUGACAGAGAAAGUGACCCGCAGAUACACCAGGCAAAUCCUUGAGGGUGUCUACUUCCUGCACUGCAACAUGAUCGUGCACAGGGACAUCAAAGGUGCUAACAUCCUCAGGAACUCCUCGGGGAAUGUGAAGCUGGGCGACUUCGGGGCCAGCAAGCGCAUCCAGACCAUCUGCAUGUCUGGGACAGGGAUGAAGUCUGUGACCGGCACCCCCUACUGGAUGAGCCCGGAAGUGAUCAGUGGCGAGGGAUACGGUCGAAAGGCUGAUAUUUGGAGUGUGGCCUGCACAGUGGUAGAGAUGUUGACCCAGAAGCCCCCGUGGGCGGAGUUUGAGGCCAUGGCUGCCAUCUUCAAGAUCGCCACACAGCCCACCAAUCCAGUGCUGCCAGAGGGCGCGUCUGACUGGUGCAGGGACUUCCUGCAGGUGGUGUUCGUGGAGGAGAAGCGCCGGCCCACUGCUGAGGAGCUGCUCAGCCACCCCUUCAUCCAGGGGGGGUUCUAAUGGACCAUGCUCUCAGCCCCACCUCUGACUCCCGGAGUCACCUACAGGCCCCUGUGACGUGCUCCGCCGCAGCUGCCAGGCCCUGUGGCUGUCCCCGCCACCGUGCGGCUCACAGCGCUCCCUGUGGCUGAAGCAGGGUGUCCCAAUCUGGCAUGGGUGUGCCUCCUCUCGCAAAAUGAACUGCCCUCACACGCUCCUCUGUGAGGCUUAGAUGCGGCAGUACACGGUCGAAGCACCAUCCUAAAGCCGAGGGGUACAAUAACUCAGAUUCACCAUGCUCAUCUCCUCUGCCUGCAACAAUGACGCAAGCACCUUACCCUGACAAAGUGAGGGCGUUUCAUUGGCUCUCCACAGGUGACAUAGUGCUGAAAUUUGUCCCGAUGGCAAAUGUUGUAAAACGCUCAUCAAAUGCCUUGUGUUUUGACCCCCAUUGUUAAUCAGAAAUGUCACUACCUGGAAACAGUGACAGACCAAAGCUAAUCCAUCAAUGAGUAAAAGGACUCACUUAACAGGUGCAUUGUUUUAUGAUAAUUAUUAUUGGGCAUAAUAAUUGCUCUGAAGAUCAAAUGUGACACAUUGCAUUUUAUAUCUUGCUUCCAUAACCUGACAUGCACCAGCACUGUACUGUAUUGUAUUUUUUAAAGGGAUCUCUUUAGAAGUGCUGUCUCCAAAAGAGACCUCGGAAAUAACCCCAGUAUGUUGUCCUUGCACUUUUUUAUUGC